AUGGACGAUCACCGAAAUUCAACUCCCCAAAACGCCAUUGGCCUCUGUCUCCUUCCACAGGAACUCAUCCAAAACAUCUUCCUCUCCCUAGUGCUACCCGAGAUCGUUCGGUUAAAACUCGUCAACAAAGCCUUCUCUCGCAUCAUCUCCGACCACACCUUCGUUCGCCAGUGCAACACUCUAUCCACUUCCACCACGUGGCUGUUCGUCUACAAAAAGCGCUGGCUCCGCGACGCCGUGCUCCACGCCUUCACCGAUCGGAGCUCCGACCGAUGGUUCCGAAUCCCCAUCGCGGAACUUCUCAAACCGGUUCAAUUCCACGGCGAGGACCUCUACUUCCUCGCCGCCUCCAACAACGUCUUCCUCUUCGCCUCCAACACCGUUCGCGAGGUCGUCGCCGUUAAUUUAGUCUCCGUAACCGUCAAGAAGAUCCCCCCCUCCCCGCUGGGUCCACGUGGCACGUCCUCGUGGCGACGAUCCGGAAUGAAGCUCGUUACCGAACCAUCCGGGUCGGGUCAUUUCCGUUUCAUGUUCGCAGAGUUCGUCCGUAACCACCCCGUUUUGUUUGUGUACGACUCCGGGACUGACACGUGGAAGUCAAGCGAGGUAGUUGAGAGUAGCACGAGUGAGUUAUCGCCACGUGGCGGAGGUCACGUUUUUCUGAACGUGGUUCACGGGCCUAGAGAGAGCGUUUUGGUUGCGUCAACACCUGAAUGCGAUGCGCCGGUGGUUCUACGGCCGAGAUUUGACUACGCGCGGGGUGUUGGUGGUAAUUUGACCGUUGGAUUCAGCUGGGGGAGCGUGAUUGACCGGUUACACGUGUACGGUGACGGGUAUAUGAUGAUUGUGAAAUCAGAGGGUGCGAGGGUAACCGAAGAGGGUGGGCUGACGAGGAGCACGAGGGUUUUGAAGGGUGUGGAACUGUGGGGUCUUAGCAUGGACGGAAGGAAUUGGGAGUUUGUGUCCACAGUUCCUGGUGUGAUUGAGAAGCCUUAUGCGGCGAUGAUGGGGUGCUUGGAGGAGAAAAAUGGUAUCUUAAUGGCUGCUUUGGUCUCUAAUUGCGAGGGGGUUUGGGAUAUGACGUGGCUCUCUUUUGAUACCAAAUGGAAGCUAUGGACAUUGAUGCCCCUCCCUGAUUGCAAAAUGAAGGGUUGGAACAUGGCCGGAAUAAGCUUCUCCUCUGGACUUACCUUGCCAUGA